AUAUAUUGCUACCCUUUUCCUUUAUUAACACCUUAAUAACUUGAUAAGUCACAAGUCUUAAGCCCUACCCUAUUUAUUUCUUAGUUCUUACCCAUCUUUUUAAUUAACUUUCUCAAACCAACCCUUUUCUUUCCCAUCUCUCUUUCAACUUCUUCAUUUUCCACAAACAUGGAUCAUAAACCUCAACCUCAAAAAACCAUACAAAAUUUACCAAAAAUACAUCAACAAAACAUAUCAGAAUCAAAUCUAGAUUUGGGUCUGGGUCCGAAUCUGAGUCUGAAUAUAAAUCCAAAACAAAAUAUUAAGAAUCUCAAUACAAAAAGCACCAUUACUAAUGAUAAUCUUAACAAGAAAAAACCAAUAUGGGAUUGUGGGAGUUCUCUUUACGAUUCCUUCGAGCUCAACUCGUUCCAAAAACAGCUUAACUCAGCUAUAAUCAACUCUUCUAGAACCUUCUCCAUGCCACGGCUUCCAUCAGAAGAUCACCGGGCCCCACCAGUAACACCGUCGAAGAAGUCAAAACUUUCCAGAUCAUUCCAGAAGCUUCUAAAGUCUGUAUUUAGGGCCCAUAAUAAGUCAAGUAAUACUUCUAAGAGUACCGAUCAUGAUCAAGAGUAUUAUGAUAGUAGCAGUCCUGAUCCAUGGUAUUUGGAUCAUGAUCAUGAUCAAGAUCAUUAUGAUCAUUCUAUACAAGAAAAGGAUAAAGGGGUAGAGAAUGGAAGGUAUUUUGUUGUCUUUGAAAAGCCCAAUGGGCUUUCAACUAUUCCUGAAGUUCCGGAAGUUGGACUUUCUCCUGAGAUUAAGUCGUUGGUCACCAAAACGAUGUCGGAUCGUUUCAGUUUCAGACCUUCUAACGGUAUUUACUGUGUUUAAUUAAUCCUAGUGAUUAGAGUAUAUGUAAUAUUAUAAUUUUUAUUAUAGUUAAUGUUAAUAUUAUAUGUGUCGUUAUUAUUGAUUUAAAAAUCAAUAACUAUAUGAUUGAUUAGGAUUUUAACGUAAGCUUCAAUCACAAAUAAUGUCUAAAAUUUGUUGUGUUACUAUAUGAAUUAUGAUCAUAGGCUAAUUACGCUAGUAUUAGCCUAUUAUAUAAAUGUAAUUUUGAUUGAAAUAUUUGCUUUAUUUAUCACUUUGAAUUUGCACCAUAUUAAUAAAAGAAACCCUUAUAUUUUAAUUUAUAUAUACAGUGCAAAUUCAAAGUUAAAAAAAAGGUAUAUUCCUAUUAAUAAAAUUUGGGUGGUCAAUGUAUGUAUAAAGUUUGUAAUAAUGUACUAUUCUCGGUUUAAUUUUUAAUUGAUAAUCUCACUUUAAUAAAAA